CAAAUAAUUGGCUGGCUAUAGACUGCCCUAGUUUUCUUUCUUGAGAUCAAUUUCAGCAGCCCAUGUCGGCUGUUGCCUUCUGAAGCCCAGGGUGAGGGUGCGCAUCGAUAUGCAGAUUGGGCCACAGAGCAGAUUCAUUAUGGUGUUGAGGCCAAUCUAUUAUGCUCAACUUUAAAGCCCACUGUCUCGCCGCAGAAGGAAAGACAAGAAAAUCUCCAUCAGUCUGCAUUUACACAGAAUAGGAACAUCUUCCACAUAUAUAUCUUGUUAUAUUUUCGUUAAAGAUAAUAUUAUAGCAGAUGACUCAACUCUCAAAGAACUGCAAAUAUCCCAUAAAGUUCUCUUAAUAUAUGAUCCUACAUACAACACUAUGCUUAUGGCAUCGUUAUUUUCACGUCCCGCAUCUUUAUUUUCAGCUUCUACAAAUACAAGACCAACUCUUUAUCAACAAUCGUAUUCUUCGAUUUCAUAUCAUAAAAACCCCAAAUUUGGUCUCUCCUCGUGGAUUACUCAUUUGGGUUUUGCUACUUGCUCUGAAUGGAGUGGUUUAAAGCAUAUGGGUAUGUCGCUUGCGCCGAAAUCUCUUAAGAAAGAGAGGAAGGCUAGAUGUAAGGGUAUGGUCGUUCAAGCAUCUUUGUUUGGGGUUGGAGCUCCUGAGGCUCUGGUUAUUGGGGUGGUGGCUUUGCUAGUUUUUGGUCCCAAAGGUCUUGCUGAGGUUGCACGCAAUUUAGGGAAAACUCUACGUGCAUUUCAACCUACCAUUAGAGAACUCCAGGAAGUGUCAAGGGAAUUCAAGAGCAGCCUUGAACGAGAGAUUGGCCUUGAUGAAAUUUCAAGUCAACCACAAAACACAUAUAGCUCCAACAGAGCAAACCCUACUGCAACCCCUUCAUCACUUGGCAGUUCUGAAAGUCCUCCAACAGCAGCUGACCCCAAUGGUGCUCCAUCUCAAACCGGAGCAUAUACCAGUGAGGAGUACUUGAAGAUCACAGAAGAGCAGCUAAAAGCAUCUGCUGUGCAACAGAAGGGGCAGACACCCCCUUCUGGACAAAGCCAGUUUGAAUCUCUGAGCAAGCCUCAAGCUGCUGGUGAGGAAACUGCUGGUGCAAUGCCUCCACCGCAAAAGCCAGAAAAUCAAGUGUAAGACAAGCAAGUCUAAGACCUUCCAAAUGAGGUAUCCGAUUUUCCAAAGCAUGAAACUAGUUAGCUGGGAUAUGAAGCCUGGUGCAAAAGUUGAUCUAGAUCCUAUUCAUGUGAAGAGGCCAUGAUGAUGAGUCAAGUUUUAUUGAACUCGAUGUAAAGCAUGAUUUCGUGUAAUAGCAGGAUGGAAUUUGUUAUUCUUUUUCCCGCGUAUUUAAUUAGCAAUUUCGCUAUGAAAAUGUACUGUAUUCAAUGAGAUGACAUUAAAUGGAAGAGAGACAAAGGGACAACCAGUGGCUGGAAUAGAGGAGUUUUUGCUGUAAUACAUGUUGAUGAUCAUCCUUGUUACUUUAUUAAUAAUUUCAUUAGACUAAUCGUCAA